CACUUCCGUGUUAUCCAGUCGUCACGUUUCAAGUAAAAUUUUUGUAAAGCAAAAUGUAAAACAUAUGUGAAAAGUUGGUCACGAGUGUUGUAAAAUCAUGAAGAUUGUCAGUUGGAACAUUAAUGGCAUAAGGACUUUCAAGGGCGGAAUUAAAAAGGCGCUUGAUUCGCUGGAUGCAGACAUCAUAUGUGUCCAAGAGACGAAAGUAACAAGUAAGAGUUUUACGCGGGAGAUUCUACAGUAUCUUUUGAGUGACAAGGAGUUGGCAGGCAUGAUAGCACAAACAGAUUGGCACUCAGGCUAACUUGAUAAUGUAACAGAAGCAUAUGAUAAAUGUGUGAUUGUACAAUACAUGUGACAUACUCUGCUUCAAUUUGAACUCUUGACAAUGUUACAGCUAGGCUAGCUACUGUAUCUGUCAUACUGUGUUUGUCUGUGACAGGAGACCUGCUGGAUGAGAGGACUGCUAUUGUUGAAGGUUAUAACUCCUAUUUCAGCUUCAGUCGUGGACGCAGCGGCUACUCAGGUUGGGACCAUUCAUUAUUUUCCAAAGUAUUGAGUUUCAGGAUCACGCGAGUCCAGAUUCAGUCAUUUUCAUCUGAACAAAAUAGCCACAUAAUCCCUUUUAUAUCAGAGAGCAAGCCACAAUGAAUCUUGGGUCCCCUGGAAACAGUGUCCCCGGUCUGUUUGAAUUAGUUUCCAUGGAUUGCAUUGGUCUAUUAGUUCCAUUAUCACAAAUUCCUGACAAAGAAAAUAAUGAACCACAAAAAGUGGUAUUCUGUAUUAAAGGAUGUUUUGAGUCCUAUGUUGUUCUCCCAUUGCACCUUCACAUUACCACAUUAAUAUGUACCUUCCUAAUCUGUUUAUUAAAUAGGAGUUGCUACUUACUGCAAAGACAGUGCCACCCCAUUUGCUGCAGAGGAGGGCUUGACCGGCCUGCUGACCACCAACCAUGAGGGGACCAUUGGAUGCUAUGGUGACCCGAGAGAGUUCUCCAGUGAGGAGCUGCAGCUCCUGGACAACGAGGGAAGGGCUGUUCUCACACAGCACAGAGUCAUGUAGGGAGGAAAAAAAUUGACCGUUAUCACAUGAUUUGUGCCAUGCUAUUCUCUAGGUUUUCUGAAAUAACGUCAUGGAAUGUAUCAAUUGUUAACUUGUUGUGGCACUGAAAAGCCAUUGUGUUUCUCCUAUGAUCUGAGUGUUUCUUUGUUUUUGUGUGCCCACUUGCUUUUUAAAGGUGUGAAAACCGACCUGAAACAGUUACAGUUAUCAAUGUAUACUGCCCACGAGCUGACCCAGAAAAGCCUGAACGUAAACAGUUCAAAUUGCAGUUCUACAAGCUGCUUCAAUGUCGGGCUGAAGCCAUUUUGGAAGCUGGGAGGUGAGUAGGCUAUAUGCAGGGGGACUUGGGUUGGGUGGGUAUCAUAAUACGGGACAAACUGAUAUGAGAUUUGCUCAAUGCAUUUUAUUGGAAGUCUCAUUUUCUCUUAGUUUUCUCUGAUUCUUCCACCCAGCCAUGUAAUCGUCUUAGGAGACGUGAAUACAUCCCACCGGCCCAUAGAUCACUGUGACCCAGAUGCAAUAGUAAGUGAAGUAAUCAGAAUUCUUUCAGGUGAUGGGUUUGAUGUCCUCAUUCACAGACAUAAUCUGUUUAUUAAUAGCUGACAUAUUGUUACUCCUGCUAUCUGUUUACUUUGAUUAGGAUGAUUUUGAGGAUCACCCCGGGAGGAAAUGGCUAAACGGUUUACUGGUUGAUGACAGUGAAGGAAAGGAGUGUGAAAAAGAUGAUGAUGAAGAGUCUGAGAAUACCUCCUCAAAACCCCUCAGCACCGGCAAGUUUGUGGACACCUUCCGCCAUUUUCACCCAACACGCUCCAAGGCCUUCACCUGUUGGAACACUAUGACUGGAGCCAGGCAGACCAACUAUGGCACACGUAUCGACUACAUCUUCGCAGACCAUCCCUUGGUUAAGAUGGGGUUUGUGGCAGCAGACAUCAUGCCAGAGGUGGAGGGGUCUGAUCACUGCCCCAUCUGGGGGAAACUCAGCUGCCCCAUCCUGCCCAGCUCCAAGCUGCCUCCCCUCUGUACCCGCCACCUACCAGAGUUCGCUGGCAGGCAGCAGAAACUCUCACGUUUCCUGGUCAAGGUGGACCAACAACAGCCUGCCAGAGAGGCCUGCAGGGACCCACUACCAGGAUCUCAGGAGGCUGGGGAGACCCGAGAGAACCUGAAUCCACUGGGAGCAGCAGGGACCAGCGCCACUGGAAAGAAGAGGAAGUUGGCAGUGGAAUCUGGUGUCCCAAAGGGCAAAAAGAUUAAGACACUGAAGGCUGCUAACCCAAAGCCCCAGGGCAACCUCCUAGCCUUUUUCAAGCCCAAAUCCACACCUGUGGUCCCAACCAGGGAAUGCCCUGUGAGUCCGUGUGAGAGGGGAGAAGAGAGAAAUGAAGUGACCCCAUCACAGCCACAGACCCUCAAGGGAGGACAUUCUGCAGGACAAGAUGUCCCUUCAAUUACAGGCACGUGCACAGAAGAUCCCCAGGGUGUCUGUAUGGGAGACAAAGUCCUUGCACCUGGCAGCACCAUAGAGGAUGCCAGUGUCAAUAGUCAAAACCAGGGGAAGGAUGCAGCCCUGGCUUCAGAGCCUACUGUAGACCCCUCAUGUCCCAGGAAGGGGGCGUCACUGGGGGGGUUCUGGAAGACGGUCCUGCGUGGGCCACCCCCACCGCCCCCCUGUAAGGCGCAUGGGGAACCCUGUGUACUCCGCACAGUCAAGAAGGCAGGGCCAAACAUGGGCAAGCAGUUCUUUGUGUGUAACCGCCCUCAGGGCCAUGCAUCCAAUCCUGAGGCUCGCUGUAACUUCUUUUCCUGGGUGGAUAAAGGAAAAUAGUGACUAUGCUGUAGAAACGCACUGACAUUUCCUCCAUGUACUGUUUUAUAAGCGUUGUUAAUCUGUAAUUUGGAUUUAUUAGUAAAAUGAAGACGGUAGUUUUAAAAAUGACAAAGUUUAAAAAACUUCAGUAACGUAUUUCACGUAAUCACGUUCAGAGGCCUCCUUCUCACCAUAUGGCAAGCGUCCCAAAGCUUACUGUUGGUGUUGUGUAUAUUUACUGGUUAUGAAAUGACAAUGGAUGCUAAACGUAGUCACAGAGUGAUCUGUUUCUCUUCAUCUAUAAUGCAACAUGAGCAUGAAUAGACAGUGGUUAUUGUCAGAAAAUAGACUGUUGUCAAUUUAAUUAUACCAUGGUAUUCCUUGUGUGCUGCUGUGCUGUGUUCUUUAUGCUCACUAGAUGGUAGCAGGACUCAAGUAUGAUCAUCAUAGUAGAUGGGAAAAUCACCCAAUUAUUUCAACAAUUGUGUCUCAAUGUAAUUUAUCAUUCUGUAGAGCUCAAAUAUGGAGUUGGGUAUGCCAAGGUUUCGCAUCCUUCCUAUGCGUACUAAUCUUUUUUUUAUUUGAAUUUAUGGUCUUUCAGCUUUGCAUGUCAAGAGCUGAGGAAGCUCUUGACAUGCAAUAUAUUACAGAUGUUUCAUCACA